AUGACUUCCGCCAAGCCCUCCAGGAGACACGACAGAAUCAUUAUUCAUUUCGACUAUGACUGUUUUUAUGCGAGCGUGUUCGAGGCCGAAAACCCCGCGCUGAAGUCAGUUCCUCUCAAGCAGAUUAUCGUCACUUGCAAUUACGAAGCAAGGCGGCGCGGUUUGCACAAACUUCAGCUGAUCCAUGAGGCUCGGCAGAUCGUUCCGGAUGUGGUCAUCGUCCUGGGCGAGGAUUUGAACAGAUUUCGAGAUGCAUCGAAAGAGCUGUACAAAUUCCUGGAGGCUUUUACUUGGAACGGGAAGGUUGAAAGGCUGGGAUUUGAUGAGGUCUUCAUGGACGUGACAGACAUUGUUGACUUCAACCAGUCGUUACUCAACCCAAACGACUUGAAGAACUCCUAUUUUCAACUCCAAAAGAACGAUCCGACGGUCGGGUUUGCGUUCGAUUCAACCAAAAUUGCAGGGCAUGGGUUCGCGAACAUUCCUCAAACUCAGUCACCCAUGCCUGACACCAACAUCCCGACCGACGAUCACGAAUCCCUGAUGGCGCGCCUCAUUCUCGGCUCCCACUUAGCACAGCAUUUGAGAUUGGGUUUGGAAGAACAGAAAGGCUACACCUCAACAGUCGGGAUUUCCACCAACAAAUUGCUCAGCAAACUAGUCGGCAACCUGAACAAACCGAAGGGCCAGACCACUCUUCUUCCUCCAUAUGUCGUCCCCGACGAUAGAGAAGUGGAAAGUAACGUGACCGCAUUCAUCGACGGUCAUGAUAUUGGUAAAAUACCUGGAAUAGGAUUUAAAAUGUCACAGAAAAUCCGCAACCAUGUCCUUUCAAGGCCCGCGGAAUUUGAAUUGGGACUUAUCUACGGAGGCACGAAGGAAUCUGUGACUGUCCGUGACGUCCGAUUAUUCCCUGGGAUGGGUCCAGAGCUUCUUGAGAAAGUCCUGGGCGGCCCCGGUACUGAACGUGGUAUCGGAGGUAAGGCAUGGGGACUAAUAAAUGGCAUUGACGAUACCGAGGUCCAACAAGCAAAGAAAGUCCCAACACAAAUCAGCAUCGAGGAUUCCUACACUCGCCUGGACACUAUGCCACAGGUUCUCAAAGAGCUUCGGAUACUGGCUACCAGCUUGAUCAAAAGAAUGCAAGUGGACCUCCUUGAGGAUGACGGGGAUGAUUCUACAACCAGGCGGUGGAUUGCACAUCCUAAGACAGUUAAAUUAUCCACUAGGCCACGGCCACCUUUGAAUUCUGACGGUACGAGGGCUAGGAGCUUUAACCGCAUUUCAAGGUCGGGUCCUCUGCCUAAUUUCGUGUUUAAUCUUAAAGAUGGCGUUGAUGUCAUCGUCGAGAAGCUUGUCCUAGAGACCUUAAUUCCAAUGUUCCGGAAGUUGCAUCCGUAUCCGUCGGGCUGGAAUUUAAGCUUGGUCAAUAUUGGCAUCACGAACAUGAUUGAGACAGCAAGUGACGAUGGCAACGGUGGUGGUCGAGACAUAGGACGAAUGUUCAAGAGACAAGAAGAAGUUCUCAAGGAAUGGAAAGUCGAAGAUAGAGAUGUGCCUCCUGAUACUAUUCUAGAGGCUGUCGCCGAGUCGCAUGAUGCAAUCUCAACAGAUCCAAGUGCUGGAAAUGAAGUUUCAGAUUGCACUAUGACUGGCUCAGAAGAUGUGAUACCGACCCAAACUAGCGCUGAUGAGCCAGUUGAGUGGGAUGAUGAAGAGGUCGAAGAUGAGAAUCGGGAGAUAUGCCAUGAAUGUGGAGCAACCAUGCCUGCUUUUGCAAUGGCAGCUCAUGAGCGAUUCCACAGUCUUGAGACAUGA